UCAGAACUCAGAGAGAGUAUAAAACCUCAGAAGCUCCAGUGCUCCUCACACAGCCAGCAUCUCCUCUCCUCACUCAUCCUUACUGGUGCUUUGGGGUUCUGUUCCUCCUUAGACAAGAUGUCUCACCAGACAAAGCAGCCCACCCCUCAGCCCCCAGUGGGCUGUGGGAAAACCUCUGGCGGCGGCGGCGGCGGCGGCGGCGUCUUCCAUAGCGGCGGCGGCGGUGGCUCUGGUAGCUGCGGCGGCUCCGGGGGUGGCGGCGGCGGCGGCGGCUGCUCCGGUGGAAGCGUCAAGUAUUCUGGAGGCGGCGGCAGCUCCGGCUGCAGCGGCGGCCACUCUGGCGGCGGCUGCGGGGGCGGCGGCGGCGGCGGCUCUGGUGGAAGUAUCAAGUAUUCCGGGGGCGGCGGCAGCUCGGGCUGCGGAGGCUACUCUUCCGGCGGCGGCUCCUCCAGUACUGUCUGCUACUCCAGCGGCGGCGGCGGCGGCGGCGGCUCCGGGGGCGGCUGCUACUCCAGCGGCGGCGGCGGCUCCUCCGGCCAGCAGGUCCAGUGCCAGAGCUACGGCGGCGUCUCUAGUGGGGGCGGCUCCGGCUGCGGCGGCAUCUCCUCCGGGGGCGGCUGCGGGGGCAUCUCCUCCGGGGGCGGCUCCGGCUGCGGCGUCAUCUCCUCCGGGGGCGGCUCCGGCUGCGGCGGCAUCUCCUCCGGGGGCGGCUCCGGCUGCGGCGGCAUCUCCUCCGGGGGCGGCUCCGGAUACUUCUCGUCCUCCCAGACCUCCCAAACCCCGUGCUUGCCCCAGCAGAGCUACGGAGGGGGCUCCUCCGGCGGCGGCUGCGGCGGCGGUUCCUCCGGGGGCGGCGGCUGCUUUUCCAGCGGUGGGGGCGGCAGUGGAUCCGGCUGCGUGGGCGGCUCCUCCGGGGGCGGCGGCGGCUGCUUCUCUAGCGGUGGGGGCGGCAGCGGUUCCGGCUGCGGCGGCGGCUCCUCCGGGGGUGGUUCCGGGGGUGGCAAGGGCGUCCCAAUCUGCCAUCAGACCCAGCAGAAGCAGGCGCCUACCUGGCCAGGCAAGUAAGGCCCCCCUGGACACCGCGGAGACGAAGAAGCUGGAGGAGUUCUCCGUGGGUGUCGAUGGGCUUACCGCUCUCAUGAUAUUGCCCUGAGGUUUCUCAGCCCUUCACAUCUGAAUCCACCAGAAGCAGCCACUGAGCUCUGGAGCUGCGUCGUGUUCUGCAGUUUUCUCUCCCUGGUUUCUGUGCAACUACCUCCUAAUUCCAGUACCUUCUCAGUCAAUAAAUUUGCAAUUCAUGAGAAUUUCUGCGUUUCCAGG